AUGUCUGCUGCUCCUGCUGCCCCACAAGUUUCCGUUCCCCACCGCUACCCUCCUCUACCAACAAAGCCAAUCGGUGGCCUCUCGUACAUGCGCAAGUAUGCUUAUGCACCAGAAGUUCUGCCUUUGGUCGGCGUCGUGACUUUUGCCGUUGGCAUGGGUCUGUACUUUAGCGCUGAUGCAGCGUUCAAAAAUGACGUGACAUGGCAGCCAAGGACUCAGCCAUGGUUGCAAACUCCCACCAAUAGCGUGCGCUGGGACGGCGCUGGGGGAGUACGCGAGACCAUACUGAAAGAGUACCAGGCCGCCAAAGACAAGGCGAAGAGCCUGACGCAAUAG